AUGGCACCCACGAGAUCCACACGACCUGUAUCGCCCGAACGACCUGCAGCACUCGGCGCAAAAGUGAAGACCGUCAAAGGCCUGGGACCUGCAAAGGGAGCUGGCGUGGUGAAGGCCGUGAAGGCCGCUGGAGGAGACGGAGGACGCAAACUUCGAUCUGGAAAGGUGACGGCGCCGCCUGCUGGGCCUCCUCCCGGGCCACCCGCGCCCCCACCCCCGGCCCCGGCCGCAGGACAAAUCAAUUGGGUUCAAGGCCCGAGUCAGAGUACCAUUCCUCCUGCUUUACAGAGUAGGGCGAUCGCCAGUUGCCAUGUCGACUUCCUGGACGAACGAAAUGGGGCCAAGAUAAACAACACCGCCAUCAGGUUCAUAUUUGCAAACACACAGGGAAUUGCUUCCAGACAUGUUCCUGGUAAUACCGUGGGCGUUAUAAUCAGGUUCAUGCGAACCCCCGAUGAUGAUGAUCUUCCGCCAUAUCCAGGUGUGCUCCACUGUAGACCCAUCAGCUACAACAAUGAGCAUCGAGAUGCCGCCCAUACUAUUGCAGUGCCCGCCGUCACCGGCAGACUCGGAGACUUUUUGCGCGUGGUAAAGGUAAGGAGAAUGCUGCCUGCUGAGUUUAUUCCCCUAGACAAUGAUACAGUCGGUUGUCGAGAUUUUACAUCCCAGUGGAUUGAACACUGCAUAAAUGCAAGACUCGUAGCGCCGGCUCCACCGGCCUUUUGGAAUCAUUUCAACUUCAUUUACUUACACCAAGGUCCAGGGGGCGCUGCAGCGCCCGCGCCAAUUGCCUCCGCUGUCGGACACGCUAAUUACACGAACCCUGCCAGGUACGUUCGCCGGCCCAUUGCUGCAAUCAAUUAUGCCACUGCUGCAGCGAUGACCGAAGGACUAGCAGUAAUGCAAGCAGAAGCAGAAAGGAGAGCGACAGAAGCAAAGGCAGCAAAGGCAGCAAAGGCAACCGGAGACGGCGGAGCAUGA